AUGGGUGAAAUUAGCAAGACCGAAUCAUUGCAAUUUGAUUUUCCAACAAUUAGAGUUGCUACAGAUAACUUUUCUGAUGCAAAUAAGCUUGGAAAAGGAGGAUUUGGUUUUGUCUACAAGGGUGAUUUAGAAUUUAAGAAUGAGAUCUCGAUAGUGGCUAAACUUCAAUACCGGAAUUUAGUUAAGCUCCGAGAUUUUUGCUUUAAGGGAAUUGAAAGGCUUCUCAUUUAUGAGUUUGUGCCAAAUGGAAGCCUCAAUCAAGUUAGAUUUGAUACAACUAAGCGUGCAAAUUUGGAUUGGCAAAUGCAUUACAAAAUUAUAGUUGGCAUUGCUCGAGGUCUUCUUUAUCUUCACGAAGAUUCUCGACAUCGCAUCAUUCAUCAUGAUCUCAAACCUGGUAACAUUUUGCUAGAUGCUGAGAUGAAUCCCAAAAUUGCUGAUUUUGGUCUAGCAAAAUUAGUUUUACUAAAUCAAACACAGAGCAAUACACAUAGAAUCGCUGGGACAUAG